AUGCCUCCAGACCUGAAUUCACUCCCUCCAUCACCAACCCUAAGACACACAUCAGACAAUAUGACAACAGCCACUACCGAGAACCACCCAUCACCGCACUCACCCUCGCUGUCGUCGCUGCAAGCCGCUGCAGCCAUCAAUGCCGGCAUGCGCAACUCCAACUCUCCACGCGCCAGCGCCACCCAACGCAGACGGUCCAGUCUCAUGACAAAUUUGCAUUUGAAUGAUGCCCAAAUGCCUGGUCCUGGAGAGAUGCAAGAUCCGAGCCACCAUCAUCGUGCCCCCAGCUUGGGCCAGAUACAUCAAGAGCUGGAGAACGAGCAAGAACAUCAAGUCAAUAGACUGCUGCACAUGAUCCGCCAGCAGCAAGACCAAAUCGAUGAGCUGCACGCAGAUCAUCCCAAUACUGCUUCUGCAAAUGCAAACGACUCCGACACCAGGCCACGCACACUAUCGAGCUCGAGCAGGCAGCAACCACUGCCCCAACGUCCAGUAUCCUUAUCGCGACAUUCAUCUCAGGCCGUCUCUGUCACCAGCGCUCCCCGAAGCAGUAGCAGAUCUCCCGCUCUUCGUCCCGUUGCUUCUCCAUACGACCCUCAACGUGAAGAUUGGCUGCUCGGCGCAAACCGUGACGAAAGUGCUUUCUACCAGGCCGAGACCCAGAUGUUGACCCGCGAGAAUCAGAUGCUCAAGGCUCGCAUCCGUGAACUCGAGCGUCAACUUGCACAUCCUGAUUCAUCGCCUACUCAUCAUCAACCACCUACACCUCACAGUCCUGCCGUCAUAUCCCCUUUGACAAGUCCACCUGUCAUCCCUGAGCCUACUCGCCGACCUCAGCAAGACUCGUCAUGA